AUGGUGCAAAAACCGCCGUUUACCGUCGAGGACCCCAAUGCAAAACCCGUCGAAGGCGAGACCAUUCCGCGCCGACAUCCCAAAGCCAAGAAUGGCCUCCUAACACGCCCGGCCGACGACGUUAGCACAGUGUUCGAGCUGCUGAAGCGAAGCGCCGAGAACCACCCCGACGAGCCGGCCGUCGGCAGCCGGAAGCUGAUCAAGAUUCACAAGGAGAUGAAAAAGGUGCCCAAGAUGGUAGACGGCGAGAUACAGGAGGUUGAAAAGGAAUGGCAGUAUUUCGAGUUGUCGGGCUACUCUUUCAUAACGCAUGGCGAGUACGAGACGCUCACCCGACAGCUCGGGUCAGGUAUGCGGAAACUCGGUCUACAGCCACACGACAAGCUACACCUCUUCGCGAGCACCAGCGCACAGUGGCUCAGCAUGAGCCAUGCUUGCUCUGUUCAGUCCAUGGCUAUAGUGACCGCUUAUGACACGCUUGGCGCAAGUGGCUUUGAGCAUACCCUAAUCCAGUCCAAACCAAAAGCGCUAUUCAUCGACCCUCACCUGUUCAAGACCGUCGUUGGCCCACUCAAGAACGCCCCGAGUGUCAAGCAUAUCAUCUACAAUGAUAGCACGCACCAGCCCAUACCAGACAAGCAAAUCGAUGAAUUCAAGGCCGCCCACCCGGAGCUCACGGUGCUUAGCAUCGAAGAACUCCGUGCCUUGGGAGAAGACCAUCCUGUGGACCCUGUCCCACCAAAACCUCAAGAUCUCUAUUGUAUCAUGUACACAUCAGGCAGUACUGGCCUUCCCAAGGGUGUACCUAUCACCCACGCAGGUUUUGUGGCUGCGGUCGCGGGCCUGUAUGCUAUAGUAGAAGAGUGUGUGAGCCCCAGGGAGGUGCUCUUAGCAUACUUGCCCUUGGCUCACAUCUUCGAGAUGGUCGUCGAGAAUCUUGUCAUCUUUGUCGGCGCCACACUUGGUUACGGCUCUGCUCGCACGCUGGUGGACUCGAGCAUGCGGAACUGCGCUGGUGAUAUGCGUGAGCUGAAGCCUACGAUUUUGGUAGGCGUACCACAGGUCUGGGAAACAGUGAAGAAGGGUGUCAUGAGCCGGGUAAGCUCGUCUGGCCCGCUUAUCAAGAACCUCUUCUGGGGUGUGUUCAAUUUGAAGUCUAUGCUCGUCAAGUACGGAUUACCUGGUGCGACACUUUUCGACAAUGCUGUAUUUGGGCAGGUCCGCAAGAUGACCGGCGGCAGACUACGCUUCAUUGUCAACGGCGCCAGCGGUAUUUCGGACAGUACGCGGCAUUUCAUGUCGAUGGUGGUGGCACCCAUGAUCAACGGCUACGGCCUUACCGAGACCUCUGGCAACGGCGCAGUCGGAUCACCUUUACAAUGGACGGAAUCCGCCAUUGGUCCAAUCUCAGCUGCAAUCGAGGUCAAGCUUGUGUCAUUACCAGAGCUGAAUUACUCUGCCGAUUCGAAUCCGCCGCAGGGCGAGAUUCUCAUGCGAGGCGCUCCGGUUCUGUCAGAAUACUUCGACAAUCCCGAGGAGACCGAGAAGGCAAUCACGCCGGAUGGCUGGUUCCACACCGGUGACGUCGGCGAAUGGGACUCCAAUGGUCACCUGCGCGUCAUUGACCGUGUGAAGAACCUAGUCAAGUUACAGGGCGGCGAGUACAUUGCUCUCGAGAAACUCGAGGCCGUGUAUCGCGGAAGCCAUGUGGUGCACAAUGUCAUGAUCUACGGCAGCGGCUCUCACCCGCGACCGAUUGCAGUCAUCAGCCCUAAUGAGGCUAAGCUAAAGGAGAUCGCAGAGAGCCUAGGUGUCAAUGAGCACGACAUGCACAGGAGCGCAAAGGUCAAAGACGCUGCGCUCAAGGAUCUGGUCUCGGUGGGUAGAAAGGCUGGGCUGACGGGGCUCGAGCUGGUGUCGGGUGUGGUAUUGGUCGAGGACGAGUGGACGCCGGUCAAUGGCCUCGUAACGGCAACGCAAAAGGUCAAUCGUAGAGCGCUGAAAGAAAAGUACAAGAAAGAUAUUGAAGACGCUUUCGGUAGAGAUUGA